GUUGUCGAAACGUUGGCAGAAGAUAUGGUUUAUUCACUGUUCAGCCACUUGACGCGGCUUGUAACCCAAGAGUCUUUCAUGAAAAGUCUGAGCUGAUAUCAUAAAACUUGCUGUCCUCUGUCUGAAUGGCAGAAAUCGUUUGGGGGUGGCGGAAGAGGGUGGGAGUCAUAGUUACUUCGUCUCGUAGUGGCAGUUGAAGGUUGAGAACAGAGUGGGCACGUGCAAACCAAAUAAUGUGAGGAGGUGAGUCAAAUCAGUGAAGUCAACGGAGGAGGAUUUACGACUCGAAGAAUAGGUGGGACAAUGUGCCAUUGUGAACGGUGGACACGCAGUGCGAUGUUAGAGUCAAGAUGGGCGUAGAAGAUACGGCACCAUCACUGCCCAUCAGCAGCGAGCCCAUCGCGUGGAGACGGCGGAUGGUGUACCCAGAGCGCCUUGAGCUGGACAGCCUCAUCAAAUCCAAUACACAGUCACCGGCUAGCUCCUGGUGCAAUGAAUCUCAGCUCAGCGACUUGCAGGAACCGGGGCAACCGCUGCACUCCACAGAUAUCCCUGGCCUUCAGUCACGUAAGAUGACAGUUUCAGGUGUCCCAAUGCUCCUAUCUGUGAGGUCUCUGGAUGACUUGGAGCAAGGCAAUGCAGACAGACAGUCCACCAUCAGCACUAACAUCUACCGGAGCAGUAGCGAUGAAAACAGCUCCAUUCUUCAUGCUGAUGGUCAGCUGUUCAUCCAUCAGAGAAUUCGGCACUUGGUGCGUGCAUUUACUGAGCGUGCGCAGAGAAUCCGCCGUCGCAUUGAGCUGCCGCCUACUCCUUCCACCAUAAGCAGUGACCCAGAAGAUGGGAAUGAUCUGCGACCCCCACCUCUGUUCAGAAGACUGCAGCUCACAAAUUGUGAAUCUGCUGACUCCUCCACUUGUGCUCCUGUAGCCAGCUGCAGGACUUUCUGGGGGCACAUUAAGUCCAUCCACUGCAACCAUGCCUUGGAUCCACAGAGAUAUGGAUACAUCUCAUGGUUGUUUAUUGUGAUGCUGUGCUACAUGUACAACUGUUGGGUAAUCCCACUACGCAACACCUUUCCUUACCAAACGACUGAAAAUACACCCAUCUGGCUGGCACUUGAUUACUCUGCUGAUGCCAUCUAUUUUUUGGAUGUGGCAUUCAUAAAACCCAGGCUCAAGUACUUGGAAGAAGGUUUCUGGGUUGCAGACCUGAGCCUCACCAGAAGAAAUUACAUACAAAAAUGGCAGUUCAAGAUGGAUGUUCUGUCACUGCUGCCUCUGGAUCUGUUAUAUCUCAUCUUUGGUACAGAAUAUCUCAUGUUGAGGAUCCCAAGGCUCUUAAAAGUUCAGACAUUUUGGGAAUUCUUUGACCGGCUGGACAAUAUGGUGUCUUCCCCAUAUGUGGUAAGAAUGGCCCGCACACUCACAUACAUGCUGUAUCUCAUACAUCUCAAUGCCUGUGCAUAUUAUGCUUUCUCAUCUUGGAAAGGCCUUGGCACCAACAGCUGGGUCUUCAAUGGUAAAGGCAGUCCGUACAUUAGGUGUUUUUACUUUGCAACAAAAACAGCUACAUCAAUAGGAAAAAAUCCAAAACCAGAAACGGAAGAAGAAAGUCUUUUCAUGACUUGCAGUUGGCUGAUGGGAGUUUUUGUUUUUGCGAUCCUAAUUGGUCAGAUGCGAGAUAUAGUCGUCACAGCAACACGGUCACAAACUGAGUACAAGAAGUUGGUAGAUGAAGCAUUAGAGUACAUGAGGUGCCUCAAUCUGCCUCAUCAUCUGCAGGAACGGGUCAAAUUGUGGUUCACAUUCACAUGGGAACAGCAGCACACUCUCGAUGAGAGUAGCAUUAUGGACACACUACCACAUAAAAUGAAGACAGACAUUGCUAUCAAUGUGCACAUCCAGACACUAAGUAAGGUGCAGCUGUUUCAUGACUGUGAUGAGGCCCUACUGCGGGAACUUGUACUCAAGCUGCGCCCAGUAAUAUUUCUACCUGGGGACUUCAUCUGUCGCAAAGGUGAAGUCGGAAAGGAGAUGUACAUUGUAAAAACAGGGCAAGUCCAAGUGAUGGGAGGAGAGAAGGAAUCUGAGGUUCUUGCGACGCUCACGGAGGGUUCUGUGUUUGGAGAGAUAAGCCUUUUGGCUAUAGCAGGUUGCAACCGGAGAACUGCCACUGUUAGGUCUCGGGGAUUUUCAAAUUUAUUUGUGCUCAGUAAAACAGAUCUGAAUGAAGCCAUUGCAUACUAUCCAGAUGCUCAGGAGAUUCUCAAAAAGAAGGCAAAGCAGCUGAUAAAACAAAAUGCAGAUAAAAAAAUGGCAGAAGUGAUAAUUGGAAACAGAGUUGAAGCACCUGAAACACCUCGUCUUGUUCACACUGUGAUGCAGGUUGUUCCUGCCAAUUCCCCUACUGUACAUUUACUAAAGUAUGGGUCACGUCGUACCCGUAAAGUAAACAAUACAUGGAUUAAUGGUGCACAACCUGUUACAGAGAAUCAGAUUACAGAUCAUGUGGGUGUUCCUUCCACACUGACCCCUCUCAUUAUGGACAUAUGCAGUAGUGAAGCAUCUCAACAGUGUAAUCAUACAAGUCAUGACUCAGACCAGAUACAAGUUAAAAUCAUGAAUUCAAAGCCUCGUAUUGUUUACAAUGAAGACAACACUUUCCAGUGCCUAGUGACUGUACACAGAGAGAUGAGCCAAUAGCAAAUUUCAUGCUUUUAUUGUUUCCUGUACUGUUUGAAGGCAAAGGUGUAAGUUUGUUUUUACAAUACAACUACAGUGAGAUUCUUUCUGAGAGCCCAAGCAAAUGACAGAACAGCUACCAUGGACUUCAACACGUGAAUUUAAACUUCUGAGUUCAGUGUGUAGAAUAAUUCCACCAUCUGCUGUUAUUGGGCUGAAGAUGAUAAACAAUAUACAUCCAGACUGACUGGUUUAAUUUAUGUACUUCAGUUAGUUUACCUUAAUGGUGGCAGUGACAAGUAAUUAUAACUGUGCUGAGAAGUGAAUUAUGGGAGUGUGAGGAAGAAGCAAAUAUAUCCUGUUCUAAAUGUUAUCAGAAAAGUCAAGGCAAACCAUCAUUUGCAGAUAUCCAAAACAGCAUAUCCAGCCUAAAAUAGGAAUGAAGUUAUAUAACCUAUGUGAAUAAAAUAUAAGUUUGAAUGAGUGUCACCUUUAUUGGUCAUGUGUUAACCUUGUGUGGAAAUGCAUUUAGAACAACUCAGUUUCAUAUUCUUGAACAUAUGCCGUGCAUAUUUGUGAAAAUGGGUGUGAUAUAUAAUAUACAAUAGCAGAAAGGUA